CCACAUGCUGAUAGGCCCACUCAACCCAAACGCCACCUAUACUGUUGUGGUUGAAGCCAGGAAAAUGCAGCAGUACUCGGAGGUCCAUGGUGGUGAAAUCAAGAAUGGUGUUGGUAAAAUAGAAGAUGAAGCAGACUCUGACUUUGAGGACACUUGCAGUACUUUUAUACUGACCGCUCAGAGUGACCACUUGACCAUCCACACCGCCCAGCCCCCUGACCCUCCCAGAAACUUGGGUAUACUGGCCACCACUUGCAACAGUAUCAAGAUUGGCUGGGAUCCUCCUAAGGAACAUGGAGUGGAAGUCUUAGGAAUCAGAGUGGACUGCUCUCCGAAGAAGCCUGAAGAAGGCAAACAUCAAUCUUUUGAACUCAUUCCAGAUGCAAGGUCUCUAGUCAUUGAAAAUUUAACAGAACUUACCUCAUAUCUUGUUGUCGUGACUGCUAUUACCGAGGAGUACUUUGACCAACUGCCUGAGAGGCACCAAUAUAAAAAGAUGCACAGAAUUCCCAGGGAUGUUGCUAUAGAACUCAAUGAGUCGCCAUGGCUACCAAAUACUAGUAUUGUGGCAAUAACCUCAGGUACAGAGGCGCCUUAUAACAUCAGAGUGAAACGCUCGACAGGAACUUCUAUCGUCAUAGGCUGGCAGGCGCCUGUCGUACAUGGUACCAAUCGGCUGCAAGGCAUUAUGGUCAGGUGGUGUGAGGCAAGGCUGAUAAGAAACAAAGAAGAUGAGACGGCCUUGGUCAGCCACAUCAACCUAAUGCCUGAAGAAACAGAAGUCACCAUAGAGGACCUUAUGAUUGGAAUGGAGUACAAAAUCACUGUCGAGGCUGUUGUUAGUGUUCGGACAAUCAUAGACCUUCAGAGGGGAGAUCACGAGAAUCGCAGGACUGCUCAUAUUGUGGGUAAACCCCUAUGGGCAAGAACUAAAGCCCCUUGUGAGCCUCCCAAGCUCUAUAUCACAGGCUACUCCACUUCUACUAUACAGUUGUACUGGGAGAAACCAGUCCUGUUUACAGUGCUAGGAAAAGAAGAAGAGGACAAGAGGUACCUGAAACGUUGCCUUGAAGGGUAUAAGCUGGAGAUAAACGGGAAGUUGCACAUGCGCCUUGGACCUGCCGCACAGAGCGUAACCCUCACCAAGUGCAAGUAUGCUAAAACCUACAGUGUUGUGUUGGUUGCCAUGACAUGUACGGAGGAAGUGAAGAAGGAAAGAGUCAAGAGGAUUCAGCUAGCUAGCAGCAGUUCAUUCACAUCAAGUCAGCCCUUUGAUGACCAUGAUUUGGAUGAAUCUGCCUCUGAGGCUGUGGAAGUUAGGGUGCCUAGACUGCAAGAGGGUAAUAUUGCCAAUAUAAGUGCCUUCUACAACCACAAAAGCAGCAAUAGAGAUGGUGUCAUGGGUGACAUUACGUUGACCUGGGACGUCCAGGGGAACUGGUCGCGCACCAAGCAAUUUGACAUUCUCUGGCACUGCCAUGAGGACGGAGUUGUUCACAGGAAGUGUGUGGAGUCUGACGUCAGAAAAUGUACCAUUCCAGUGGUUAGGAAUAAAUGUACCUAUGAGAUUUCCAUGGAGCCUCGUUUUGGAAAUGAUGCCAUGCCCGUCACUCUAACAAAGCUUCAAGUGCUGAUCCCGGGACCUCCCGACGCGCCUACAAUCUGGACAAAGCAUGUUGGGAAGGAGGAGUUCUCGAUGGAGUGGGGUGAACCGAGAUUAUAUGGUGGAGUGAAGGUCAAAGGUUACCAGGUUUACAUGAAUGAUAGGAAGGUUGGCAACGAACUGAGCAGUUCCCAUCGCAAGGCUAUCAUACCUUGUAAACCAAACAGGCACUACAAGAUCAACCUAAAAGCCAUCAGCGCUGACAUGGACUUUGGGGACUCCGCCCUGUCCAAUACCCUCUUUAUCAGCACAUCUCUCAGUCAAGGUGGCCAGAUACUGGCAGAUGCCCACGAUGAAAACAUGGCCGACCUCAGUGACCAGGGGUCAGUGGAUGGUGACCAGGAAUUGAUUGUCCGAGUUGCCAAGGUUACGCACACAUCUAUACAUUUGGACUGGUUUACAUAUUCACCACCAGAGGGCAUUGCUUGCUAUAAAAUGCAGUGGACGAGUGUGGCACAGCCUACGCAAAGAGAAUUCAAGCUAUCCCCACAAGAAAGCAGCUGCAUUCUACAGAAAUGUUAUCCCGGCACAAAUCACUUCAUCCGAUUGGUUGCUUUGGGAGCAGACGGCAGGAUUCUGGAGAAAUCCAAACAAGUGGUUGUGCAGACGUCUGCCCCUCCUGAGGCCCCAGUUGUCAGCCUAAGGGCAUGCAACUUCAACUACACAGCAAUACAGUGGGAGAAGCCCACGACAUUUGGUGUGGCCAACAUUACAGGGUAUAAAGUUUACGUAAAUGGAGUAGUGGAGGCUGUCGUAGGACCAGACCAGUACCAUUACUGCUAUACGAAGGGUCAAGGAUGCAAGGAAUAUGUCUAUCAAGUCAAGGCACUGACGGCAGAUGACCAGCUGUGUAGUAAGCCAUCAGAACCAUUUGUGGUCACCUGGCCAGGCAUGAAGACCCCUCUACUACAGAGAGUACCCACUGUCAGCAGUAACUCUAUUAAGGUGAUGUGGGAGGAGCCGUAUGUGACGGAGGGAGUCAAGAUUAAAAACUACAGGGUGUAUUUAGAAGAUGAGUCCUCAGGGAUGACAGUGCAGACCAUCUUCCCCAUCCAUCCUGAUGUCAGAGAAGCAGAGUUCCACAAUCUGAAACAGGGUAUCUACCUGGUUUACUUAGAGAUACUGGUGUAUAACAGUAACACUGUCUUCAGAGCUGAUCCCAUCCGCGUUCAGCCGAGAAUUGCGCCAGACCCCCCACAGAUCACAGUGACGGUGGCAGGACUGGAGGAGAGACGGCAGAUAGAGAGGGUCACAUGUGAACUACUGAACAAGAGGGACAAACUGCUACGCAACUUGAACAACCCAACUCUUAUGGGAGCAGCCAGUGUAUUCCGUAAGAAGGACAGUGGGGAGGUCAGCAGUAGGACAUCAGAGAACCUGCAACAUGUGGAGUCCAUGCUUGUGGACUGCUUCAGUUCUAUCAAUCAUUAUACAGGUCACCUGAUGGCCCACGUGAGCUGGCAGUGUCCCCAGAGUGACCCAGAUAUGGUGGUGUCAGGAUACAAGGUGCUGGUGGAUGGCAAACAGUAUGGCAGCACUCUGCAUUCUGGGAUGAGGACAGUCAGGAUCAAGUUGAGCAUGGAGAAGACCAGUCACAGGGUGAGCAUGGUGGCUAUCACCAACCAGCCCUACGCCUCAAGUCUGGAGUCCAAUGUGGUGGAGCUGCUUACGGAGCCCUUCAGACAGUUCACAUUUUACUGUUUCCACAAUGUUCACAGUAAAGGGAGUUUGUGGCCCAAUAGUGGUGCUUGUCAAUAUGAAGAUACCUACGCAGCUGAGAGGCGUCUUCCUGGCAGACGGCUUGUCAACCAAGGCUUACUGAAACGCAGAGUUCCGCCCCCAUCUUGUAAUGUGAUUGACAUAUUUACUGGCGACAUCAAGUCGCUGCUGCCCCCUGGUGGUCCAAAUGGACCAACUGCAAUCCUGUUCUGGACAAAAUGGUGCUUGACCUCACAGAGAAUCAUGGCUCAUUAUGUGAAAUUUGCCAGGGAGAAUAGUAAAUCUUAUGACUUCAUAUCUGUUGCCUGUAACUCUGGUGACAGGGACGGCACUGUGGACGAGCUGAUUCAUCUACUGACCAACAACAGCUGGCGAGAUGACUCCCACAUCUGGCACUGCACCAGUCUGAAACAGAAGACAGGUGUGGUGGAGACCUCCCAGACCAGCCAUAGUCCCAAUCUGACCAGGACAGGAAGUGGUAAAAAAUCCAAGAAGGGCACAUUGCCUAUUUCUUCUGAUACCAGGGAAGACAGUCAGCAACAGGAGGAUGUUGCCUCUCUGUAUGGUGUUAUCGGGGUCCCUACAUUAGUUAUCAUACACCCAGAAGAUUACAUUGCCUGGCAAGGAAGGUUCUGUGCAUUCGAGUACGAGUCGUUUGAAAACGGCAUGCAUCACACAUUCAGCGAGGCUCUUGGGGAGGCAUGUACAGUCCCAGGUUGUGAGUUAUGUAAACAAGACUUCUACAUGAAAGUGGACACCCCACCCACUGCUGCUGAUGCCUAUCACUACACCAAACCAAAGCCAGGAAAGGUGGCCUCAGCUGUGGUGGCUAACGAGAAAGACUCAUCUGGAGUUCCCCUUAUCACGACUCCCGCCAUAGGAGCCACUGUGACCCCCAAAACGGAGUCCUCAUUUGGAGGGGGCAGUCGGCCAUAUUCUGCGGGUCGACCUGGCUCAGCAACGAGACGACCAGAGCUAUCGCCAUUCAAACAACCAGCGUCUUUGGCUGGGAAGUUAUUCAUGAAAGCAGGGAAGGCAGGAAAACAUGACAAUCGCAUCAGUGUUAGUCAGCGCCCUUUUUCAGCCAGUAAAACUCGGCCUGGGUCUGCAAAGAGAAUGGGAUCAGCCAAAUAAUUCUUUUGGACAAAUGACAUUUGAGCAGAAGUCAAUUAAAAAGAUUAGUCAUAAACAAUUUGGUCUACAUAAUCCACUUAAUCAGUACAACAGUAUAUAUAUGGUAUUUCAUCUGAAGCAAUAGUGCUGAAUACCAGCCAGCCGCUUCAGUCUGUGUAUUAUGUAUCUAAAAGAUUAAUAUUUUAGAUAAGUGGAUUAAUGUUCUGAAUUAUUGAACAGGGUAGUGUGUAUUGUCAAUGUCAGUCAACUGGAGUGGUCCAGUUGAAGGGUUUCACAAAUGACACAUCUGUGUAAAUAUUCACCUUUAUCCAUAAUUAUUUCAUAUAUUCAUAGAUAUUCAUCUAAAUCCUAUUUCUUGAUUGAAUAAAUUAUGCAAUGAAAGACCCACAUAUGUACCAGUGCGGCAGUUUCUGCUCUCUCUUUAAGAACAAGCAUCAUCAAUAUCACGUUCGCCUCAGCUGGGUCUCUCGAGACUUUUCACAUUUUUAAAAAAUAUAUUGGAAACUUUAUUUUAUUUUCAGUCAAAUUUAGGUCAUAGAUCAUUCCCAUUGAUAUUUGUAAUAAAAUGUAUUGUAGGGUUUUUCUACAACAAACAGGGUAAUCAAAUAUGUAUCUACACACCUGUGAGAGUGUGUUUUUUAUGCUAAGUCACAAUAUUUGCUCAGAAUAAUAUAAGCCUAGCUUCACAGUCACAUAUUUUUAUUUUUAAUAUAUAAUAUGGGGGGUUGGUCUCUCAUGCGUUAGAAAUUGCACUGCAGACGUAUUUUAGAUGAAAGGGGUAUUGUCCUUUUAUUGUAUAAAGUUGUGCUUGAAAUAAUUUGGGACUAAUUUAUUAUUUUUUUUUGUAUGCUCAGUUUUUUGAGACAGCCAAAUUUUAAUGUAAAUAUUGCAUACAGUCUACUAUCGAGACUCAUUAUCUAAGUGUGAAUUGAUAUUAAACAUUGUAACUUUUUUCACAGGCCAUUUUGCCAUAAGCAUCAUCAUAUUAUGCAUGUGUUUAUAUAUCACAGAAUAAUAAUUUUAUACGAGUUUUUUUAGGUAUUGUCUCAUAGUGUACUCAAGCAGAUGAGUCUGCCUUUUUCUUAUUAGAUGAGAUUAAAUUAACUUCUCUUAUAAUUGUAUUUAGCAUUGUGCUCCAUUCUGUAAGUGGUUUACUGCUGUCAAUUUUACAUACAAUUUUCAUGGAGAUUGUUUUUUAUAUUUACUUUUUAUUUUUUUCGCAUUAUCAAGAUUGCUUUCUUUUGAUGUACAUAUUUAUAUUAAAAUAUAUAUUUUUACUUUAUAACUAAGUUUUUCAUUCCAGUUGUUUUAUAAGUUUUCUUUGUGAAAGUUGUAUUCUAAUUUAAGCCAAUUUUAGAUCUCUUACAUUUUUUCUACCGUCCAUUUUUAGCGAGUAUAAAGUUAUUUAAUCCUCUAUUUAUCAUAUAAAUUUAUGUAUAUGUAAAGGUACACAGGCAUAUCAUUAAAGCUUUGGAUGUUUACAUUUUAUGCAAAAUUCAUAAUAUGGGUAAAAAGUGUAACUUUUCUAUGAGCUUUGCAAUAAACAUUCACUGAUAUCAAAAAGUU